AUGGCAGCCACAACCACCAUCCAAGUCCCCCACCUCGGCGGCAUCACGGCCGGCUACCGCCUGUCCGGGGGCGAGGUCGACCCCGCCAAGCCCACCGUCGUGCUCAUCAACUCCAUGUGCACCACCAGCGCCCUCUACAACGACCAGUUCGACAGCAGGACCCUGACGGACGCCGUCAACCUGUUGGCCAUCGAGCCCCUCGGCCACGGCGCCACCAGCUGCCCGGUCGAGCACUUCACCUACUGGGACACCGCCAUCAUGGCGCUGCAGGUCAUGGACAAGCUCGGCGUCGACAAGGCCUUCGCCCUCGGCACGAGCCAGGGCGGCUGGAUGGUCACCCGCAUGGCCCUCCUGGCCCCGGAGAGGAUCCUGGGCCUCCUCCCCUUGGGCACCUCCAUGGACUACGAGUCGGCUGACUCGCGCGGCAAGGGCUGCUGGGACCCCAAGACCCAGCUUCUGCCCUUCUACGACGCCUGGUCGAGCCCCGUCCCGACGCCCGACUUCGUCGUCGACGACAUCUGGUGCGGCAUGGUCGGCAGCCUAGGCUUCUCCGGCACCGUCCCAGCUGAGACGCUCGCGUUCUGGACCACGACUCUCAAGGCCGUCUACAAGGGCGAUGAGGGCCGUCGGAAGCUCAAGAUCGCCCUCGGUAACCUGAUGUCGCGCGACGGCCUCCUGCUCCGGCUGAGAGACAUCAAGUGCCCCGUCUACUGGCUCCAGGGAACCGCGGACCCCGUCUUUGGCGUCGACAUCCCCACGGAGCAGAUCAAGCUCUUCACGUCCUCGCCCGAGGCGACCCUGACGAUGGUCGAGGGCGGCGGCCACUACUUGAACGCCACCAGCCCCAAGGAGGUUGAGGAGGCUCUGUUCAAGAUGAUUAAGAAGUAUGCUUGA